AUGUCGUCUUUGUUUUACAAACUCUUGUUGGUCGCCGGUCUUGCGCAAGCCGCCUUUGGGCGGGCUGGACGCGCCGGUGUAGUCCGCCGUGACGGUCCUACACCAUCCCUUGACUACGAUCCCAACACUACUGAGUACUGCAGCUGGUGGGCUGAUAUUACCUCUGCAACAAGCUGCUCCUCCCUGCUGAGUAACAAUUUCAUCUCCCUCGAAGAGUUUCGCCGAUGGAACCCGUCCAUCACGGCAGACUGCAGCGUGCAAGUUGGGAAGUCCUAUUGUGUCGAGACUACCAAUGAGCCUCCACCUUCAACAUCGACAUCAUCGAGCCGCUCUGCGUCGGCAACAUCGACGAGACCACCAUCUGUUACCUCCACAACCACAACCUCGGCACCUCCAACAACAACGAAGCCACCCAACGGAACCGAGACACCCAGCCCUACUCAGCCCCAGAUCGUUACCAAUUGCGACGCAUUCUACUUUGUCAAGCAAGGAGAUACUUGCGAUGCCAUCAUCAAGGCCCAUGGAAUCACUUUGGCCCAGUUCCUGUCAUGGAACCCUAGCGCUGGCUCCUCAUGCACCGGCCUUUGGGCUGAGGCGUAUGCCUGUGUAUCCAUCAUUGGGCAUGAGCCAUCCAUCCCGUCUACAACCACCACAGCCGGAAAUGGGAUCGCCACGCCAACUCCGACACUACCAGACAUGGUCACAAACUGCGACAGCUUCUAUAUGGUGAAGUCGGGAGACACGUGUGCCGCUAUUGCAUCUAAAUCUGGGAUUACUACUGCUCAGAUCCUUAGCUGGAAUCCAAAUGUCGGCUCAUCUUGCAGCGGGCUGUGGCUCGACUACGUGAGUAACGCCUUCGCCUAG